CACGAGUUUCACGUCCCCCCAACUCUUGCUCUCUUUGAGAUCUCCUCCUUUGAACCUGUAUAUCCUUCGAAACUUAUUUUUUUUUAACGAACCGUAUCUUCAAGUUCCAUGUCAACCUUGGUGGAACGAGAUAUGUCCGGAUAUCACAGCAACUCGGAGUUCACUGGCGUGAGAGCUCCACGCAAGCCUCUCUUGAAGAACGUAGCUCUUCCAGCGAAUAGUCCGAUAAAUUCGCCGACUGUGUCAAGCUUUCCCCGUAGUAAUGAAUCGACAAGAACUUCACGAUUCCCUUGGGUAUCAGCACAUCUGCUCUCUCGAUCGCAAACCCCUGCUCCCCCGCCGACUCGCCGUCCGAAUCCCUCUUUCCAUGAAGUCGCGACUCCAGCACCAGGUACAAGUCCACACACAUACCAGGACCAUAGGUCCUCUUCCAGAACGAGAAAGACGUCUGUAUCGAGCAAUAUUUCAGAUCGUUCCAAUGUGAUGGCGCCUUUGAAAGGCAUCCUCAAGAAGACCGGUUCCUCUUCGAGAUCUUCUACUCCAGCUCCUACGGCUAGAAAAGGCCAUGUUCCUCCUACGAAUCCUGAGCCUACAAUGCAUGCGAUAUCGACUUCAUCGGGUGAAUCAGCUUCUGGUCACCGCUAUCAUCAUCGUCGAACUGAUAGCAAAACAUCGUCCAGCUCAUCCUCUAAAAUGGAUGGAUACUCAAGUGACUCGCAUAUGUUGUGGAAACGAAAGGUAUCCCAUGAUGGGGAUGGUGAGCCUAGUCUUGAAACUGUGAUCUUUAUUCGCCCAACUUGUUGCUCUUGUUCCUACAGAUUCAAGGCCGAGUUACGCGGGUGACGGAAAGCCUUUAGGCGGUUAUCGGAAAGCUACGCCGUCUGCAGUCCCGAUGAAAGCUGAAGCCAUCGCAUUGAACUGGCCUUUGAGAGAGCCAGAUCGGAGUCCACGCAAGCAGAGAAUAAGCAUCUGCUUUGAUGUCGCUUUCGACCCAAGGGCGAGCAAGGGAGUGACUGUACCCUACGAUAUCGAUAUCGCUCACAGAAGAGACAUGUCACACACCGACAUACGAUUGCCCGCGUCGACGCACUGUAUUCUCACUGAAAUGCGAAUUUUUAUAGACUCUGAAGAGUUCAGAUGUUGGCC